UAUUUGUAAAUUGUUUAAAGUUUUUUGUUUUUAAACAAAAAUAUUAAGUUAUUAAGAAAAAUGAAUAAUUAUUUUAGAUUAAAUAUUCCAAUGUCUGUUAAAUGGACUUGUUUGGCUCUCACUAGUGCAUUUGUUACAGUAGUGAUACUUCAUUAUAAGAGAAAAAAAUUUAACUCCAAAGUAUUAUUUUUUGAACCUAUUGGCUAUCGUCCAAAUUACUCACUGUGUCCACAGAUAAUGAAAAUUGUAAAUUGCUUGUAUUCGGCACAAAAAUCUAUAGAUGUUUGUGUUUAUACUAUCUCUAGUGAACCACUAGCUGAAGCAUUAGUAGAUGCUCAUAAACGUGGUAUUUUGGUCAGAAUAAUAGUUAGUAAUGGUAUACUAUUAAACACUAAAGAAGUUAGACUGUUUCGAAACAGCGGUAUUAAAACAAAAUACCAAAUUUAUGAUGAUGGCAGUAAAAUGCAUCACAAAUUUGCGAUAGUUGAUUCUACUCAAUUAAUACAUGGAUCUAUGAAUUGGACUCAUCAAGCUGCUUUUAAUAAUUGGGAAAGUGUUUUAAUUACAAAUUUACCUAGUAUUGUAAAUGGAUUUAAUGAAGGUUUUGAAAAAACAUGGCUUACAAUAUCUUAAGCAAUCACUAAAUAAGUACUUAUUUGUAAUAUUUUUAGUAUAUUCUAAAUUAGUUCAAAAUAAUAUUUUAUGUAUUUAAUGUUGCAAUUAUUCAUGAAUAUUAAUUUCCCAAUAUUUUGUCACCUUAAAUAAAAUUAUAGUUUAUUUUAAGUUGUUUUAAUGUUUUUGUAUUUAUUCAUUAUAAUUGAAACUUUUGGAAUAAUUUAGUAUAAUCAAGUAUAGAAACCAUACUAUGGACACUGAAGACUUUUUUUGUAAGUAACAUACCACUAUUUCUAUAAGCUUAUUACUCCUAUUUUUAAUGUUUUUGUAAUUGUAUAUAAUUUAUUUCAGAGUAUAAAAUCCUUGUUUUUAUUUACUUUUUUAUAUAAAAAUGUUACAUUAAAAAAUAUUGACCUAUAUUAAUUUGAACUAACAGUCUAUAUAGGUUCAAAAAGUGUUACAAAAAUAGUGGAGAUAAAAUUAUAAUCCUAUAUUUUUGUAAAAUAUAACUUGGAUCAUAAUUUAUUUUCAUUUAAUUCUUAGAUUGUCUCAACUAGAAUUAUAAUCUUGACCUAUUACUAAUGUAUAUAAUACUAACAAGUGCAUUGUUUAACUAGAGUAUUACAGAAUUGUUACUUUUUUUAGCUAAUUUAUUAUAGAGAAUAUUAUUGUCUUUUAAGAAUUAAAUAUUUACUUAGUGUAUAUAUUACAUUAAUUUAGUUCUAGUGCAUAUUUAUAAAUUUU